AUGUCAAUUGUGUCGUUACUUGGAAUCAAUGUGCUUAAUAACCCUGCCAAGUUCACGGAUCCGUAUGAGUUUGAAAUCACCUUUGAGUGUCUAGAGCCCUUGAAGGACGACCUGGAAUGGAAGCUGACCUACGUUGGAUCAUCGCGUUCUCUGGAGCACGACCAGGAGUUAGACUCGAUCCUGGUUGGUCCGGUGCCUGUUGGUGUGAACAAGUUCCUAUUCACGGCUGAUCCACCGAGUGCCGACUUGAUCCCUUCAAACGAGUUGGUGUCAGUUACUGUGAUUUUGCUAAGCUGCGCGUACGCGGAUCGUGAAUUUGUUAGGGUUGGUUACUACGUGAAUAACGAGUAUGACUCUGAAGAGUUGAGGGAAAACCCACCGAACAAAGUACAGGUCGAGCACGUCGUGAGAAACAUAUUGGCUGAGAAGCCAAGAGUUACAAGAUUCAACAUUGUAUGGGACAACGAAGAUACGGAGGAAUUCCCACCAGAACAACCCGAGGCCGAUCUCGUGGAUGAUGAAGAACAGUAUGGGCAAGACGAGGAGGACGAAGCUGAAGACGUAGACGAAGAGGAAGAGGAGGAAGAAGAAGAGGUCGAGGAAGAAGAAGAAGAAGCCGAAGAGGAAGAAGCUGAAGAAGAG